AUGGUUGCCUUCAGUUGGCUGAGUGUGCAUCUUCUGCAUGUCGUCCAUCAGUAUGACCCGGUAUAUCAGUCACUUGUAUUGGCGGACGGUAGCAGAUAUAAAGAAACGAGGAAUAAUGAUCCUGAACAGGACGAGAGGACCCAAAUUUACACAGAGCUGCUCGGACUGGCCAAAACAUUCUAUCCUUUGCAGCUGGACAACCGCCAGCUAGCCCUACUCUCCGCCUUCUUCAUCUACAAUCCAGAAAACAUGAAAGGAUCUCGAGCAGAAGUGGAAAAAACGCAAGAAAACAUAUGGAUGUGCUUGAAAAGCAUCACUGAAUCGGAUGACGACGACGAGUCGCCCGAUUUGCGCAGCUGGGCUGGUCUGCUAAGCAGAGUCCAGCAAUUCCAGAUUACAGUUUCUGAAAUGCGGCAUUUUUUCUUAAACAAGGAGAACAUUGACGCCAUGCGACCCCUGUUCCUGGCUUAA